GCCGUGCGCAAAAAGGGCUUUUGGUGGGGAGGCGGCCACGGAGGGGGGUAUGGUUACGGUGCUGGUUACGGAGGGGGUUAUGGUGACGAUGGAGGCUACGGAGCUGUAGGCUUUGCAGGCGGGUAUGGAGGCGGAUAUGGCGGUGGUUAGGGUGGCGGUUAUGGUGGCGAUUACGGCGGAGAUUGCGACGAUGGUUAUGGAUAUGGAGGUGGAUCUUUUAGUGGUGUCGGAUUUGGUGGUGGAUACGGAGGCGGAUAUGGUGGAUACGGAGGCGGAUAUGGUGGAUUUGGAUGGGGUAAUUGGGGUAUUCGAGCCCAAUGCAAAUGCGCACCGAGAUGUGGAAAGUUCCAGAAGUACGUUGGUCGAUGCCCGUGGUGCAAGAAGGGAUGCAAACUCGUCUUCUGCUGCAGAAGAAAGUGGUAGACGCUAUAAAACGGACCCUGGCUUAUCCCAUUACACAGAUCACAUUUUUAAAUAUUCAAAUAUGAGUAACCCGACUGCGAUAGACAGUGAAGUAAUCUUCCGUGACGGAAGUUGUUCAUCUGCUCGCGGCGAUGAGGACACGAUGGACGCGGGGAUUUCGUACGAAAACGAGCGGAUGAAGAAGGUGGACGAUCGAGAGAAGCGGGUUGAAGACCAGGCGGACAUUAACGCAGCGCAAAUGGCGACACGUAUCGACAGGCUUGAGAAGGAGCGAGAAGCCAGGCGCGAUGAUGUGUCGUACCUCCAGUCACAGAGCAUGCGGAUCAAUCUUAUAUUCUCCAGCGUUCCCAAAUACAACGCCUAA